AUGCGUGUGGAUCGGGCAUAUGUAGAUACUUGCCCUUACAUCCCUUCCUCCCUGCUCUCGUCCCUUCCACCUCUAUCUCAUCCCUUCCUCCCCUCGCUCGUCCAUUCCACCCCUCUCUCAUCCCUUCCUGCCCUCUCACAUCCAUUCCCCACCUCUCGCACCCCUUCUUCCCCUCUCUCAUCCCUUCCUCCCCUUUCUCAUCCCUUCCUCCCCUCUCUCAUCCCUUCCUCGCCUCUCUCAUCGUUUCCUCCCACUCUCUCCUCCCUGCCUACCUUCUCCCUUCCCUGUUCUUCCUCUCUCCUCCCUGUCCCUCCUCUCUCUUGCUUGUCCUUCCAUUCUCCUCCCUUUCCUUCCUCUCUCCCCAAUAACUUUCCUCCCCCCCUGCGCCUACCUAUAUCCUCCCUAUCCUCCCUCUCCUGCCCCUGUUCUCCCUCUCCUGCCUCUUCCCCUAUAUCUCUCCUCCCUCUCCUGCCUCUCCUUCUACUCCUGACUCUUUCCUCUCUCUCUCUCUCUCUCUCUCUCUCCCAUCUUUCUUCUCCUUUCCAAAGCCCCUCAUCUGAUCAUUCUCCCUUGUCGCUCCUUCCAGGCAUGCACUCUACUGCCCCUCCCUCAGCCGCCGCUCCCUCAGCCGCCCCUCCCUCUGCUGCCCCACUCUCUGCUACGCCUCCCCUCUGCCGCCCCUCCCUCUUCUGCCCCCGACUCUGCUGCCCCGCUCCCUGA